AGGCGGAUUCUUAACCACUGCACCACCAAGGAAGCCCUAUUUGAUAUUUUUAAUUACAAUAACAACUUAGACUUGUGUAACAAAUUUUAACAGAAGGCAUAUAUAAAAUAAAACAAUAGCUCCUUGCCUCUAAUCUACCUUUCCCCACAUCCUAUUAAUCAUUUAGUAUGUAUCUAUCCAUAGCUUUCUAUGUAUUGCAGGACAAGCAUACAUAUAAUAUUAAACAUAUAGUCACACACACAGGGUUGUUGUUUUUAUACAAUUGUGAUCAUACUAUACAAAAUGUUCAGUGAUUUUUUUUCACUUAAAUUGUCAUAUUUUUCCACUUCAUUACUUCACUCAUUUAAAAACUGCCUAGUAUUUCAGAGUAUGUAUGGAUCAUAAUUUAGGCCAAGGGUCUUUUAUUGAUGGACAUUUAGGUUACAAUGUUCUUCAGCAAUUAUCUUUGUAAAAAUGUAUGUUUGAGCAUAUGUGUAUUUCUGUUGGAUAGACUCCUAGAAUUAGAAUCUAGGGUAUAUGCAUAUUAAAUUUUGAUACUGUCAAACUGCCGUCCAAAAAAGACAGUGCCAAUUCAGAGUCUAUCAGCAGUAAACAAGAGUUUUCCCCCACCCACUUGUCAACACUAAAUAUUAUCAUCAAUCUUCUGAAUUUUUGCCACUCUGGUGGGUAAAAGAGUGGUAUUUUUUAACUUUGCAUGUCCUUAAAAAUUAGUAAGUUUAAGUGUCUCCCAAGGGUUACUACUUAUCAUUUAUAAGAUCUCUACUGGUUACUUAUUCGUAUUCUUUGCCUGCUUUUAUGUUCUGUGUUGUCUUUGAUUGUCUGUAGAGUGCUUUACACAUAGUGGAUAUCGAUCCUCUGUUAUACGCAUGCACUUUCCACCUGCCCCGCCCUCAACCCCAGCUUUCCCUUCAUACGCACACCAGCUCUGCUGCACCAUGUCAAACCCGAACCAUCCAGCCCCCCAGACUCUCCGACAGGGGCACCAAGUGGCAGGGUGUGUGAUCCUCAUUCUAGUUUCACAGAAGGCGGUAAGUAGGACCUAGCAGCUGAGAGUGUGAUCUCUGGAAUCAGGCCUGUAUUCAAGUCCCAGUUCUGCCACUUACAGACCGUGCUUUUAGAGAUGAGCUUAACACCUCUCUAAACACUUCAGUGGUAAAACAGAGAUAAGAGUAGUAUCAAUCCCACAAGAUAUUUCUGUGUGCUAACGUUUCUUGAGCCCUUAAUUAGUGCCAUAAAUGCAUUAUAAUAAUGUACUAUGUGUGUUAAAUGUAGUAUAAUAAUGUAUUCAUUUAUUAACCUCCCGAUGAUAUGUUUAUUUGCAUAUUCGCAAAGUGCUCUACAACACCACCAGGCGAGUAAACCUUAGCUUAUAGUGUGAGCGUUGACAACUCCGCAUGGCAACGUGUGAAUCUGCUCCCCUCUGCCUCAGGAUGCUCUUUUGACCCCUGUGGUCAGUCCACACACGACGGCUCCUGUUCAGCAGCCCAUUCCCUUGGCUUCCACUGUGGCUCUUGUCCCUUUGGCUGCCUUUCUCUCGAUCCCCUACAGCUCUACCAGGGUUUUGUUGGGGUUCACCAAACCUGAGCCCAGUGCCCUAGAUCCUGUGCACACAGAUUCUACGGUUCAAACUCAGGACGUCAGGGGGCAACAUGGCACAGAGCAGCCUUCUCUGGCCUUUGACUCACACGUUAACUCAUCCGUAUACUACCUGUGGGGCCUUAGAUGAGUUAUGAGUGACUUGGCUUCUCUGAGCCCCCGUUGUACUCAUCUCAUAGCUCAUGAUUUCCUAAGCCCUACAGAGCAGCCCCUGCAGGUGCUCAGCCAAUGCUGGUUCCCUUCCCACUUCCCCCGCCUCCCUUUUGUUCUGACUCCCUUUCCAGGGCACUCUAUUGACCUUUGAGGCUAAGUUAGCAGGUUGUACCAAAGCCUUUAGGAAAGAGCUCACCCUUGCUCCCCUUCCCGACUGGUAACUGAUGCUUAGAGACACAUGCCUUUCAGAAGCUUCUGAGUCACUUCUCCCUUGGCUGGUUUCCUUCUGGGCGGUGACACCCAUUACAAAAUACCAGCCCCUGUUAAUACUUUGAAUUCUCUUCCUCUGCCUGUCUGAAGCGUGGGAAAUGUUUGACGAAUGAAUAAAUGAAUGACAGAAUCCUUGGUCUGUAUUCAUGACCCAUCUUAAUCUUGCUUCCUUUCUAGGCUUUUCUCUCUCCACACUCUUCGCCUCACCCUUCCCUGAAGCAAACCAUCCACCUUCUCCACUCCCCUGUUCCCAGAGCUUUGAUAUUUCAUUUCCUCCUUGGAAAUAUCACCCCCAACUACCUGUGUCAUUUCCUCAGGGCCCAGUUGGAUUGGCAGCUUCUCCCCCAGCCCUGAAUUCUCACAGCAGUUUCUUGGGGCCUCUGCCGGGGCUCUUGACAUUUUCUCUCUGCUGUAAUCACUCCCCCCUUUCCUUUCUCCCCUGAUGACUCCCUGGAGUGAGCUCCUAUUUGCUUUGUCUUUUGCCCUGGGCAAGGCUCUCGUGGCCCAGCGAGUUACACCCCAGUAGAUAAAGCAUUUUUCAACCAGAAGGGGCCUUGGGUCUUUGGGGCCCAGAUGGCUCAUCCUCUAGUUGGAAAGCCAAGACUCAAAGAGGGGAAGUAACUGGCCCAAGGUCACACAGUGGCAAAGUGAGAAUUAGAACCAAAACCUCAGGACGUCCAAUUGAGAGCUUUUUCCCAGUACCAGGCAAGUUCAAGCUGACCAACUUUUGCUACCUCGACCAGGCAGAGUCAGAUCAAGGUUAACUCAAUGCACCUACCGCAUCCAAGGUCAGAAGACCCAGGAGUUGGGAAUAGUAUAUAUGUGUAUGCGCGUAAGGGUCGAACCAAGGAGCCAGUUAAGCAUAAUUCCCUGAGACAGUUUUGCUUUAUCUUGUUAAUAAUCACAAUAUAUAUACAUAUAUAAUUUAUAUGUAUAAAACAGACAUACAAGUAUUUUUCUCUUAUAGGAACAAUACAUGUUUGACAUGUGUGUUGUUAAAAAAAAUUGGAACGUACUAAAAAGUAUAGAGAACAAAGUUAAAAUCAUAGUUUCCUACCACCCAGAAUUAACCACUUACAUUUUUUAUAUAUUUCUUUCUAGAUCUUUUUCCAUGCAAGUAGGAAUUCAUUUCAAUACGGGGGGGGGUGGUAUGGUAUGUACAGUUUAGUGUCUUCUGUUUUUCAUUUAGAUCCUGUGGUGUAAGCGUUUUCCCACGUUAUUAUAAUAUGCUCACAAACUCCAUUUUAACGACUGCUUAAUAGUUCAUCGUGUGCCAUGAUUUUUUUUUUCUUUAUUGUUGGAUGUUUAUAAAUGACGCUGGGAAAGAACAUUCCUGAACAAGAGGCUUUGCCUGCGUUUCAGAUUAUGUUUUUAGGACAAAUUCCUAGAAGUGGAGGGCAGGGAUAUGUUUAAGGCUCUCAAUACUCACUGCCAAGCAGCUUUCCAGAAACAUGUACCAGUUACACCCCCACCAGCUGCAUUAGAGAAGAGCCUUUUGAUUCUGCCAAUGCAGCAACACCUCGGGCUGAAGGAAGGCCACUCUUCCAUCCAAAGCCUCUCAGCAGUCCUAACAAUGGACCCCUUGUCCCACCCCCAUCUCCUCUUCCCUCCAUCCCUGGCUCCAGGCUUGGAACACAGGCUGUCUGCGAGGCCUCUGUUCAGUCCAGUCCAGCCUUGGUGCUCCACGGGGUUGGUAGAGCUGAAAGGCUCUGAAGCCCCUCCAUGAAUCCUCAGAAGAAGGUGGACCUCAAGCUCAUCAUCAUCGGAUCCCUGGGUGUUGGAAAGACUUCCCUCCUCCACCGAUUCGUGCACAAGACAUUUUAUGAGGACUAUCAGACCACACUGGGAGCUAGUAUCCUCUCCAAGAUUAUCAUACUGGAUGACACAACUUUGAAGCUACAGAUCUGGGACACAGGAGGACAGGAGCGAUUCCGCUCCAUGGUGUCUACCUUCUACAAAGGCUCUGAUGGCUGCAUCCUGGCUUUUGAUGUCACUGACCUGGAGACCUUUGAAGCCCUGGAAACCUGGAGGGAUGAUGUUCUGGCCAAAACCAUUCCAAUGGAGCAGUCCUACCCCAUGGUGGUGCUGGGGAACAAGAUCGAUCUGGCAGACCGGCAGGUGCCACAGGAGGUAGCCCAAGACUGGUGUAAAGAGAAGAAUAUUCCCUAUUUUGAAGUCAGUGCCAAGAAUGACAUCAAUGUGGUACAAGCCUUCGAGAUGCUGGCCAGUCGGGCUCUGUCAAGGGUGCUUUACCAUGUGCUGGAGACAUGGAGAUGGAUGAGGCAGGUGAGGUAUCUGCCCAUAUGGAAGACAGAACCGGCCAUCGGGACAAAGGCUUCCCACGGGUCUCCAGGACAGAGCCAGUGCCAGGAUGUUCCUCGAUACUAUACCCGCUGCCUCACCUGCUGCUGCUUCUCCAGUUACCCCCAAAGGGAAAUAAUCCACAUUCACACCAGGCAUCCCUGCGCAAGGCAGUGGGCAGGCAGACGCAAUGGUGCUCACUCCCAGGCUUGCCCAUCAGAGGGGAAGUGGGGAGCUGGGCCUUCUGGGGGUGAAAGGGGUCACAGGCAGUUGGGAAAUGGAAAGAUCUGGGGCGAGAGAAACUCGGGUGGAGCUGAGGACAUAGCAGGUGCACCAUGCGCUCCUUUGCCAUUGGGCCCUCCCAGAUGCUUUACCUCUGCCUGGAACAUUCCUCCCUCCCUCUCCCCAGCCUAAUUUUCGGGGGCUAGUUUUAUUCAUCCAUCUGGUCUCACCUUAGAUUUUGCCUCAUCACCUCCUCCAGGAAGCCAUCCCUGCUUCCCAAAUUUAGGUGUCCUUCCUCAGUACUUGCACCUGGUAUUAUAACUGCCUGCUCACUCUCUGCUUCCCUUGUCCCUCCAUCACCCAGACCUCUGAGGUCCCCAGGGCAGCUCAUCAUUGCGCCCUCAUGUGGCACAGCUCUUAGAGCAUGGCAAGUAAAUAUGGCUGAAUAAAUGAAUGAUUGAGUGAAUUCAA